AUGCCACGUCACAAUCACUCCAACCCCACCGCUUUUAUCCUCGUGGGGAUCCCGGGGCUGGAGGCUGCUCACUUCUGGAUUGCCUUCCCCUUCUGCUCCAUGUACAUCGUCGCCUUGCUGGGCAACUUCACCGUCCUCUCCGUAGUCAAGCGGGAGCCCAGCCUGCACCUGCCCAUGUACUAUUUCCUCUGCAUGCUGGCCAUGAUUGACUUGGUGCUCUGCACAUCCACCGUGCCCAAGAUCCUGGGCAUCUUCUGGUUCCACUCGCACGCCAUUGGCUUCAAAGCGUGCGUCAUCCAGAUGUUCUUCAUCCACGGCUUCUCCGCUGUGGAGUCAGGGGUCCUGCUCGCCAUGGCCUUCGACCGCUACGUGGCUAUCUGCACUCCGCUACACUACACUACCAUCCUCACCAGCUCUGUCAUUGCCAAGAUCUGGUGGGUGGCCUUCUUGAGGGGCAUUGGCUUCAUGACCCCUUUGACCUGCCUGGUGAGCAGCCUGUCCUACUGUGGCUCCAACGUCAUCGCCCACUCCUACUGCGAGCACAUGGCAGUGGUCAAGUUGGCCUGCGGAGACACCACACCCAACAACAUCUACGGGAUCACUGCGGCCACCUUUGUGGUGGGCUCGGAUUCGAUCUUCAUUGCCGUUUCCUAUGCGCUCAUUCUUCGGGCGGUCAUGGGGCUUUCCUCUAAGGAGGCUCGUCUGAAAUCCUUCGGUACUUGCGGCUCCCACAUCUGUGUCAUCCUCGUCUUCUACACUCCCGGACUUUUCUCCUUUUACACCCAGCGCUGGGGGCACAACAUCCCCACCCAUGUCCACAUCCUGCUGGCCGACCUAUAUCUCCUGGUGCCCCCCAUGCUCAACCCCAUCAUCUACGGCAUGAAAACCAAGCAAAUCCGGGAGCAAGCCCUGAAACCAUUCUUCCAUAAGACCCUCCAAGAUGGGUCGUAA